GGUUCAUGGAAAAUGCCAAUUAUUAAAAAAAAAAAAAAAAAAAAAAAAAACCCUGGGCGGCGGGGGACAGUGCUGUGGCAUAGCGGGCUGAACCUCUGCCUGCAGUGCCAACAUCCAGUAUGGGCACCAGUGUUAGUCCUGGCUGCUCCUCUGCUGAUCCAGCUCUCUGCUACAGUCUAGGAAAGCAGCAGAAGAUGGCCCAAGUGCUUGGACCCUUGCAUCCUGGGAUUCUCAGAAGAAGCUCCUGGUUCCUGGCUUCGGAUCAGCCCAGUUCCAACUGUUUGCAGCCAUUUGGGGAGUGAACCAGUAGAUGGAAGACCUUUCUCUCUGUCACUCCCUCUCUCUGUAACUCCACCUCUCAAAUAAAUAAAUAAAAUCUUUAAAAAAAAAUCAAACUAGAGAUGAAUUUCCAAAUCUUUGCAGCAAAAUGAAUUUACCACCUAAUUGCAUUUUCCACAGAUUUUUUCAGGUACCCUCAUACCAUUUAUCUACUUCAAAAGAGACUCAAUUUGGCAUUUCAGUAUAUAUGUAUUUAUUUCUGUAACUUCUUGUUUAAUGCCAUGAUGUCAGUAUGCUUGUGGCAACGCAAGAUUAUCUAAAUAAUGUCGGCCCUGGGAGCAACACAAUGAGCAAGUGUGUGCGCUACCAAGCCUCUGCUACUAUACUUAAGGACACGGAGGAAAAGAUAGGAUGCCUGGUGAUUUAAUGCAGUUUUGCCAAAUGACUCAAAUGCAAAAGACCUUGACCGGUUCCAGCCUCUCCACAGAGGGCCAGUUGGUCUACGUACCUGUGGAAUAUUCAUUUUUCUGCCUAUCUUUCAUAUUACAACUGACAUUUACUCCUGAAGCUUUCUUUAAAAAAAUUUUUAUUUAUUUAUUUUAAAGGCAGAGUUACAGAGAGGCAGAGGCAGAGAGAGAGAGAGAGAUUCUUCUAUCUACUGGUCUACUCCUUAAAUGGCCACAACGGUCAGAGCUGGGCUGAUCUGAAGCCAGAAGCCACAGCUUCUUCCGGGUCUCCCACAUGGGUGGUGCAGGGACCCAAGCACUUGCGCCAUCUUCUACUGCUUUCCCAGACCAUAGCAGAGAGCUGGAUUGGAAGUGGAGCAGCCAGGUCUUGAACCAGCGCCCAUAUGGGAUGCCAGCACUGCAGAUAGCAGCUUUUCCCGCUACACCACAGUGCCGGCCCCUCCUGAAGUUUUCUAAUAACCACGCUGCAUUUUACCAAAAUAAAAAAAAUUAAUGUGUGGCAUUUUAUUGGGGUAUUACAUGAUGUAUAACACUCUUCUUGUUCCUAAUUUUCUUUGACAUUUUGAAAAUACUAUGCCUAAUUCUUUUGUGUGAAUUAAAAAAAAUUAGUUAGCAUGAAUCAAAUACUUUUUCUCACUUCCCUUAAAAACUGACGCAAACACCAAAAACAAAAUAACAUUUGUUGAAGCUCAAAGAAAUGAGGCCCUCUGUUUGGAAUCUUAAUUACUGUCACCCCAAACUUCCCUAAUUAGAAACGCUUUCAUAAUGAGGAAAAAUUAUUUUCAUCGUGAAUUAAUUUGCAAGCAAAAACACUUCUGCCUUUCCAGAAUGAAUACCUUGCAUUCCUUACACGCAUAUUUUAGUUACACACUCUAAUUAAUAGUCAUACUUAAAACCUGCACAAUUGAUUUCACUGUUAAAGGAAACAUCGCUUUGUUUUUUGACAGUAUAAAAACACAACUUUCCUUCUUGUAGACACUGGGCUACACAUAUAAACUUAAUUUUCAAAUUGGACAAAAUGGAAAUUAUUUCACCAAAACGAUUCAUUUUAUUGACUUUAGCCACUUCAAGUUUGUGGACCUCAAAUAUCUUUUGUACAGAUGAAUUAAUGAUGUCCAAUCUUCACAGCAGAGAAAAUUACAGCAGAUAUUGUAAGCUUAGAGGACAUCCAGAAGAGGAAAAGGAAAGAAGUCUCCAUUUUGAAGAAUUAAAAGAUUGGGGACCAAAAGAUGGCAAUAAGAUGAGUAGCCCUACAGUCAACAAAAUGCCACAUGCGGCAGCCACCUUGCCUUUGAGAUUCGGGAGGACCACGGAAGAAGAAAGAAGCCCUCAGCCAGUGGCCAACCUGCCUCUGAGAUUCGGGAGAAAUAUGGAGGCGAGCAUCUUGAGACGCAUUCCUAACCUGCCCCAGAGGUUUGGGAGAACAACAACAGCCAAAAGUGUCACCAAGACACUGAGUGACCUGCUGUCACCAUCUGCCAAUGAGUUGCUGUACUCCAUGGCCUGCCAGCACCAAGGAACUCAGAAUCCUGACCCCAAACACCCCAGGGGACUGGAAUUCAAGAAAACAGACAAUGCUGAGCUGCAGCAAGAAAAAUCAGAAAAAUCUGGAACCUGUCCCUAA